CUCAACAUAACUCACACUUAUCCAUGACAAUCACUUUCUCAUAGACGGGACUAAUUAUUUAAGACUGGAAAAGAGUUCAAAAAUACCCAGUGACAGAGACGAGACAGGGGUCGUGAAGUGAACAUCACACAUUUCUGGGCUCUCUGUCCAAUGACAAUGUUUCAGACCGUCCCCGACACGUCGUCUUACGUCAAGGUAAGACAACAUCGUCACUACGAGCAGGAGGCGCUGUCAGUGGUGAGUGAAGACCAGUCUCUGUUUGAGCCUCCGUACGCUGCUGCUGCUCCCUUACCCAAGACAGACAUGACUGCGUCCGGCGCACAGGACUACGGUCAGCCUCACAAGAUCAACCCAAUCCCCCCUCAGCAGGAGUGGAUCAACCAGCCGGGCCGGGUUCAUGUCAAACGAGAGUAUGACCACAUCAAUGGAUCCAGCAGAGAGUCCCCGGUGGACUGUAGUGUGGGUAAAUGCAAUAAAAUGGUGGGUGGGACCGACGCAUCUCAGAUGAGCUACACUGGCUACAUGGAUGAGAAGUGUGCUCCGCCCCCAAACAUGACAACCAAUGAGAGGAGAGUUAUCGUCCCAGCAGACCCUUCCCUCUGGUCUCCAGACCAUGUGCGGCAAUGGUUAGACUGGGCCAUUAAAGAGUAUGGUCUUCAGGAGAUCGACACAGCCAUGUUCCACAACACAGAUGGAAAAGAACUUUGCAAGAUGAGCAAAGAGGACUUCCUGAGACUUACCAGCAUCUAUAACACGGAGGUCCUGCUCUCACAUCUCAAUUACCUCAGGGAAAAUGCUUCUUAUGAUGCUGUACGGAGGGCAGGCUGGUCAAACAACAUGCACAGCGGCAAAGGCUCUCCUACAGUGGUGUCUCAGAACGUGUCCAAGAACACUGAACAGGCUCGGCCUCAGCCCGAUCCUUACCAAAUAUUAGGACCCACUAGCAGUCGACUUGCCAACCCAGGUUCAGGUCAGAUCCAGCUGUGGCAGUUCCUGCUCGAGCUCCUCUCCGACAGCGCCAACUCCGGCUGCAUCACCUGGGAAGGGACCAACGGAGAGUUCAAGAUGACGGACCCCGACGAGGUGGCACGUCGCUGGGGCGAGCGCAAGAGCAAGCCCAACAUGAACUACGACAAACUAAGCCGCGCCCUGCGCUACUACUACGACAAAAACAUCAUGACCAAAGUGCACGGCAAGCGUUACGCCUACAAGUUUGACUUCCACGGCAUCGCUCAAGCCCUGCAGCCCCAUCCCACCGAAUCCACCAUGUACAAAUACCCAACCGACCUGCCCUAUGUGCCAAGCUACCACGCUCACCAGCAGAAGGUCAACUUCGUUUCGCCCCAUCCUCCCUCCAUGCCCGUCACGUCCUCCAAUUUCUUCGGGCACGCCACCCCAUACUGGAGCUCUCCAGCGGGAGGGAUUUAUCCCAAUCCCGGCGUGCCGCGUCACGCCAAUUCACACGUGCCUUCCCACCUAGGCAGUUACUACUAAAACCUUCACCUUUCACCCUGCCGCCCGUACGCCAAAACUUGGAACUGCACUCGAAGCAAAGACAAAAAAAAGCAAACUGGAACUGGAGGGAUUGUGGCCGGAAAGUUAGCAGAUGGAAGCAAUGUUGAAAGAAGAUCCUCUUCAAAAUGGAGUACUACUUAUUGGAGGACGUUGGGUUGGUGUUUGUUUUGGAGAGCGUGUGCAUGUUUCUUGUGCCUUUCUACAUCUGAAAGCUGCAGCGACGGGCCAGAAUCCCUUCUAGCCAAUAAAGACCACCUCUAUUAUGUAUAAGUCGGUGAACAACUGAGAAAAUAAUCACUGUAAACUCACCCUGUGUGUUUAAUGCAAUUGUGAACCCAGCGUUUAUAUUUUUGAACCUAGUCCCCGCUUCCCUUUGGAUUUUAUGGAAACCCGCCUCGGUUACACGACUUUAUCUUCUCAAGUCGUGACUGAACUCUCUUUUCUAAAGCAAAUCUGGCAACUGGAAAAAAUGUUGGCAUUCAAGCGCCGUUUCUCCUCUUCGCCGGAGUACGUGGCGUCUGAUUGUUUAUUAGGAGCUUCUCAGGCUAGCUGGCUCAAGCUAAACUCUCUUACUCAUCUUUAGCGCUCUUCUAUGCUUAUGACCGAGAUGGCGUUGAUGUGAAAGGACUGAAGCCUGCUUUACGUUUCUGACGCAUGGAGUCCCGUUUCAUUGGCCAGUGAAAAUCCACUCGAUUUCAUCUCAAAACAGCCAAAGUGUUGCGUUCACGUGAGAUUUGCGUCUUGGAUGGACUGAAUGAAUGUGGGCAUCGCGCGAAGUACCUCCUCGAAAGAAAAAGACCGUUGAAACAGCAGCACGAGACGUUGAAACCAGAGAUUCGCGAACGCUGUGCGUUUGUCAGACCUAUCUGCUAGUAUUUUUUUUUUUUGAUCAAAGGUCAACUAGGCAUUAAAAGCAUCUUACUGUAUAAAUUAUGCAGAGCUAUUUUCAUAUGUGACAGUGUUAAGAAUCAUACGUUAAUACGAGUUGACCUCGGUCAAAAUGCAAACUUUUUUUUAUCAGUUACUGAAGGUAGUUUGUACUACGUAGGUGUUUUGUAUCUGUACAUAUGGGCAAUAAGUUUAUGAAUGUUUUCUUGUAUUUUCUAAAGUUCUUGGUGCGUCGCCAUGACAAUAAGAAGGUUAUUUUGAUACGUAGUUGAUAUUUUCAUUCCUUAAGAGCAAAUGCCUUACCAAACGUGCUUAGAGACAAUCUCUUCUACAUAACUAAAGGUUCCCAAAGUGCCAUAACAAUGCCUUAAAGUCAAAUCGUGUUACUGUGCCUGAAAAAAAAAGUGUUCGGACAGUGUUAUACAAGUGUUUCCCCUUGUGUAUUUUGUAGCAUUAAGAAAAAAAAGCUGAUUGAAAAUUCCCAGCUCUUCAUCUCUUUAAGGGAUCACUCUCAGAUAUGAAGGAAUUGUGCUAUUUUAUAUAUGCAAGUAUUUGGAUAUUAAAUUUAUUACUAUAUAAAUAUAUAUAUG